AAAAUAUAUCCUUACAAGAAUUAUCUGAUCCCAUUUUAUCCGGGAAGGACAAAAGCCAGAUAAAUAAGACCAGGAACAAGUUGGAGAGCUAAAAAUUUGGCUCGAGUUCGGCUAUAAUCGUGGCUCGGCCGCGAAUCAGAGAAGCGACCAGGACAAACUCCCUCUCUCCCUCGGUAUCUCUCUCACUCCCUUCUUCGCUCUCGCUUGCGAGACAAAGAUGAGCACCGGUGGUGAUGACGCUUCGGCGAUUCAACCCAACAUGACCAUCUACAUCAACAACCUCAACGAGAAGAUCAAAAUCGAUGAACUUAAAAAAUCCCUGCAUGCUGUUUUUUCACAAUUUGGGAAGAUAUUGGAGGUGCUUGCUUUUAAGACGCUGAAACAUAAAGGACAGGCAUGGGUUAUCUUUGAGGAUGUUUCAUCAGCAAAGGAGGCACUCAAGCGGAUGCAAGGAUUUCCAUUCUAUGACAAGCCCAUGAGAAUUCAGUAUGCAAAGACCAAAUCAGAUAUAAUAGCAAAAGCUGAUGGUACUUUUGUCCCUCGUGAAAGACGGAAGAGGCAUGAAGAAAGGGCUGAAAGAAAGCGGCGAGAGCAACAGCUUGAUGCUACCCAAACUGGAUCUGGCCCCUACGGAGCUACACCACCUCUUUCUCAAUUGCCUUAUCCUGGAGGGGCUAAAUCGAUGAUUCCUGAAGCACCAGCACUGCCAAACAGCAUACUCUUCGUUCAGAAUCUUCCCCAUGAGACUACUCCCAUGAUGCUGCAAAUGCUCUUCUGUCAGUAUCCUGGUUUCAAGGAGGUUAGAAUGGUAGAAGCAAAGCCUGGAAUUGCUUUUGUGGAGUAUGGAGAUGAGAUGCAGGCUACACUUGCCAUGCAAGGUCUUCAGGGUUUCAAGAUUACACAACAGAAUCCUAUGCUUAUUACAUAUGCAAAGAAGUAGGCUAUGUGCGAAUUUCUGGUCUGUUUCACUAGGGUUUUCUAUUGGUGCAGCUUUAGCAAGGGUACUUCCUUCAGUCUGGGAAGUUUUGGAUAUUCCAUUUUGGUUGAACAUGUUGAUGUAUCCAAGGGGGAAUUACAUUGUGUGGAACUUUCUCAUUCUCAACACUGACCAAUUCUCUUCAAGCAUUGGUUUGUCCGUAGAUCUUUUCUCAGGGGCUCCGUUUGUUGGCUUCUGUUCUCUUCAGAGGUUUAUCACGUACUACGGACCUCUGACAGCGGCGUUUAUGUUAGUCUGUGACACCAGGAUCAUUUUUUUGAUUUUUGAUCAGCAUGGAGGUGUCGAUCCGGAUGUUAUUUGUCAUUCGCAACAUUGCGAUCAUAGAAUAUCUGGCAGUCUUUCAA